CGUUUCCAAGAGCCGCCUAUAAACAACAUGGCGGCGGCAGCCCCUCUUACUGCCCGCCGUCUGUAGGUGGCGCGGUGGCUGAGGGGGCGCAAGGGCAGCGGGGUCCGGCGGCGCCGGCCGCCUCCGCUCCGCUGCCUCCCGCGCUCCCCCUCCUUCGCCGGGGCCGCGGCAGGGCCGCGCUCCGCCCCGCCGUGCGGGGGUGUCUGAGCGCCCGGCAGCACCCCGGCUGCUGCAUUGCCGCGGCGGCCCGGCGCGGAGCGGAGCGGCGGCGGUGGGGCUGCCCGCGGGGUCUCCUCGGCGGGGCUCGGGGGCGGCGGGAGGGAGGAGAAGACGAAGAAGAAGAGGGCGUGGGGGCUGCGGGGCUGCCGUGAGGAGAGAGGCCGGGAGCGGGGCCAUGUCGCUGCAGAGCCCGCCGGCGGCCACGGCAGCCGCCGACCUCCCCCCCGGCCCCGGCGCGGGGCUCCCGCCGGGCGCGGAGCUGAACCAGGGCAGCGCGGCGGCCCCGUUAGCCCAGGAGGGCGGCGAGGAUGAGGAAGAAGAGGAGGAAGAUGGGGAGAACGAAAAGGAGCGAGAGAAGCUGCCGCCCAUCCCGUCGGCGUCCAGCGCGGCUGCCGGGGGGUUGGAGAGAGGAGCCAAAAAUCAGUUUUCCACUUUCAGCAAUUUCAUCACAACUAUCAACCAAAAGAAAGAAGGCAUCGGAAACAGAAAUUCGCCUACGCAACUUGUUAUACCCAACAUCAAAAAUGUGAGAGACCUACCACCUAUUUGCCUCGAUGUACGACAAAAGCAGCGCAUCUCCAUAGAUACACUACCCCAAGAACUGAAAGCACCGAUUCCUCCUGAACCUUCUCUUCCCAUCCGAACCAAAACUGUGAAAGAUUUUCAGGAUGAUGUGGAAAAUGCUAAGUCAUCAGGAGAUUGGAAAGCUGUACAUGAUUUUUAUUCUACAACAUUUGAUUCUUUCCUGGAAAUAAAUGCUGCAUUUAAGAAAGAUACCAAUUCUCCAUUUAAUACCAUUGAGGACUCUGGAAUCAAUGCAAAAUUUGUGAAUGUUGUCUAUGAUGCCUUAUUAAAUACUCCUCAAGAUGUUCAGAAGUCAGUCCUAAAAGGAAUAAUUAAUGGUCUGCUACAAGAAUGGAAAGGGCCACGAACAAAAGAUGAUCUUAGAGCAUACUGUAUACUUUUACAGAAUCCUCAAUUUAGUAACACUUCUACUUAUGUCAUCUAUGCUCACUUGCUAAGACAGAUAGCAGCCUUAACAGAAGCUGACCAUCAUUUCCUAGUGCACUGGUCUAAAAAGAUUUCACAGAAGAGGUUCAAGCAGCUGGUGGACAGGUUACUGCAAUUUAUUUCUUUACGCCUGUUUCCUGCAAAACCUGAAGAGUUUCCCCCUAUGGUGAAAUGUACCUGGUGGAUUCCAUCAGCAACCAAAGUCCUGGCUUUAUUUAAUGCUGCAAAUAGUCUGAACAGCCCUUCUAUUAUUUCAUAUACGGAUUUCUAUAAUUCUACACUUGAUCAUAUUGAUCUUAUGGAAGAAUAUCAUAACUGGCAAUGUUAUGGAAAUUCUCACAGGUUUUCUUUCUGUCAAUACCCAUUUAUUAUUUCUAUAGCAGCAAAAAAAGUUAUUAUUCAAAGGGACUCAGAACAACAGAUGAUAAGUAUUGCACGGCAAAGCCUUGUGGAUAAAGUCUCUCGCAGACAGAAACCUGACAUGAAUAUGUUGUUCCUAAAUGUGAAAGUGAGGAGGACGCACCUUGUUAGUGAUUCACUUGAUGAGCUAGCAAGGAAGAGGGCAGAUCUGAAAAAGAAGUUGAAAGUUACAUUUGUAGGGGAAGCUGGUCUUGAUAUGGGUGGCCUGACAAAAGAAUGGUUUCUUCUUCUGAUUCGCCAGAUUUUUCACCCAGAUUAUGGCAUGUUCACCUACCACAAGGACUCGCACUGCCAUUGGUUCAGCAGCUUUAAGUGCGAUAACUAUUCUGAAUUCCGCUUGGUUGGAGCUCUUAUGGGACUUGCUGUAUAUAACAGCAUCACCUUGGAUAUUCGUUUUCCACCCUGCUGUUACAAGAAAUUAUUGAGUCCUCCUAUUGUUCCCUGUGAUCAUAACACACUUGUAGGCAUUUGUGAUGUCACGUUAGAUGACCUGUUUCAGAUUAUGCCCGAAUUGGCCCAUGGACUAAGUGAACUUCUAUCCUAUGAAGGCAAUGUCGAAGAGGAUUUUUACUCAACCUUUCAGGUUUUUCAGGAAGAAUUUGGUGUUAUAAAAUCUUACAACUUAAAGCCAAAUGGAGAUAAAAUUCCAGUCACAAAUCAGAAUAGGAAAGAAUAUGUGCAGCUCUAUGUUGAUUUUCUUCUCAACAAAUCAAUCUACAAACAAUUUGCAGCUUUCUAUUAUGGAUUUCACAGUGUCUGUGCUUCAUAUGCAUUACUGCUGCUUCGUCCAGAAGAGGUUGAAAUUCUUGUCUGUGGCAGUCCUGAACUGGAUAUGUCCGCUUUACAGCGAAGUACUCAAUAUGAGGGCUACCAAAAAAAUGAUCUUACUAUAAGAUACUUUUGGGAUGUAGUACUUGGAUUUUCUCUUGACCUUCAAAAGAAGCUGCUACACUUUGCUACAGGAAGUGAUAGAGUACCUGUGGGAGGAAUGGCUGACUUGAAUUUCAAGAUUUCAAAGAGUGAAACAUCCACUAAUUGGUUACCUGUGGCCCACACCUGCUUCAACCAGCUUUGUCUCCCUCCUUACAAGAACAAGAAGGAACUGAAGCAGAAGCUGAUCAUUGGAAUUUCAAAUGCAGAGGGUUUUGGUCUAGAAUAAAAUGAAAUACUUCAAGAACAGCAUUUUUAUGUAGCAUUCACUCUCUUCUAAUUGUGCCUUUUAAGCUUUUUGUUGUCACGUCUCUUGAUAAUGUGCCAGUCUUACCCAACUUAGAUAUUAAUUUUUUUUAAUUAAAUAUAAAGUGUCUGUCUUUUCCUGAUUGGCAAUACGUUUACUGCUUGCUUUGUCACAGAAAGUAGCUUUCUUCAUACAAAAAGUUAGUCUAUUUGAUAAAUGAAACCUGACUAAGACAAUUUCUAAGUUGAAGUUUGUUUCUCUUUUUUCUUAAUAGCACUUUAUCAUUAAUCAUCAUUCCUUUACAUCGCAGGUAUCCCACUGGGAGAUAAUAUAUAGAAUAUUUCCUUAUUAGCCACUUCCAGUGGUAGAAUGUUUUCAAUUAACAUGAAUAAUAGAAAAAAAUAUAACAUAGAGCAUGUAGCCAUAUUUUCACAAAGGCAAAUAGGAAUUUUAGUCUUUAUAAAAUGUAUGCAGUUUUAAUAUUCUGGUUUUCCUUUUCAAUGAAACAGGCUGUCCAGGAAGCAUGUAAAUAACUGCCUGUGAACAAAUAGGGUUUUGAUAGUGCCAUUUACUGCUAAAAAUUUAUUUUUUAUGAAUAAGAGGUUUUAGAUGUUCUAUAUUCAGCUUUUACAGAUCAACGGGCUUGACUGUACAAGAGUGUUAAAAGGUACUUUUUUCAGCUUGAGGGGAUUCGAGUUCAAACUACAGGUCUUAAGCAACUUGUGUGUUCAUUCUUUGAUGGCUAACUGACCAGAUGUACUGUAGCGUUAUAGUAAACAAAACUAGGUAUUUAAAAUAAAUUCCACAUACGGUGAAAUAUUUCAGGAAAAGAAUUAAAUCCACAACACAUGGAAAACUCACAUAGUAUAUCACACUCUCAUUUUUUCAGCCACUUUGUUGAAAAUUCUUAAGUAAGCUGUGACAAAAGUGAAUACAGUAACAUUUCGGAAGAAUGCUGAAGCUUUCAUGAACUUGAAAGCCAGCAUUUAAAGACAAUGUUUUGUGGUUUUCACUGCACAAACUACAUGAAAAGAAUUCUUGGUGUGCCUGCUCCAAGUUAGUAAAUUAGGAGCUGGGAAGGAAACCGGUUCUAAAAUGCAGAUGUAAUUGUAAGUCUGGGUUUUAUUCAUUAAAUGGAAAGAAUUUAUCAGCAUGCAGUAUAGUAUUUUUUAAAAAUAUGAAUAGAGCUACUGUGUGUUGUAUAGAUUUUUCUUUCAGAUGAAUGAGACCCAGAUCAUUCAAGGCACUUCAACAUCUAAUUUGUCAGUUUUCCCAUGGAGUUCUGCUGGGGCAUGGGUGCCACCAUGGGUGCCCAUGGGUGCCGAAACACACACACCUUGUAGUGUGUGUACUGAAUUACUUAUUUGCAAUAAGAGUAAAAUAUUGUAUUAUUUUUGUUUUCCUUCUCUGUAUUAUUAUUUACACAUAACAAACAGAUUUACACACGAUGAACAAAUUAAUCUGCCUAAUCUGUAGUUUCAAAGCUGUUGUGGAUUUUCUUCAGUAGCUAAUUGCAAAUUUUAUUUUAUUCUAUUUUCUACAGAAGGUACUGGUGACUUUACUGUUUUGUGAACCAGAGAUAAGUAGUAGGGUAUUUUAAAAUAUUUGGCGCUGUAUUCAUUGCACUCUCCUUGAAACCAAUAAUAAAAUUUGUAUUGACUUCAGCCUGGCACAAAACUAGGUUAGCGUGGAGAGUAUUAAAAGCAGCAUUUCAGACUUAUGCAUCCUACGUUGUUUCUCUCAAACAGAGAUUUUAAAAUAAAUUUUAAUUUGCAGGAUUUCAGAUGUUAAGAAAUAAAUGAAACUUUCACCAUUGCACUGAAUGAACUAGAUAGCUUCAAGCAAUGUUAAAUUUCUAACAGCUGAAUGUGGAUGUGGGUAAGAAAUCUGGAAACAAACAGCUGCUCCUUUUCCCCUCUCUGUAGAAUUGGAUUAAUAGAAGGUUGGCGUAUUAAUAAAUAGCUAUACAGUUUAUCUGAAAACACGGCAAAAUAGCCAAAAUAUUUUUUUAUGGCUUAAGCCCACUUUUAAUAACUAUUUAUCUAUUAUUGUUAAAAGCUUUAUCUUCUUAUUUUCACUGAAUUGCACUUUGCCUUUGGUUUAGUUUUAUUUAUUGAAGCUUUUUUGAUUUACUGUAUAAUAUGACCUCAGAAUUCUAAAAAGGCUAUUGUAUUUGCAUCAGUUUUUAAAUAAAAUUGUCAUUCAAUGACAUUUUAUAUAUUUCCUGAUGUUGAUAAAUUAAAUAGUAAAUUUUGUAUUUGUUAAAUGAAAGCAUUGCACUGUAUUUAUGAAAUAAGCCUCUGGUAAUUUUAAAACUUCUCCUCAAUGAUGUUUUAUUGUUCUUUUGUCUUGCCCUGUAAUCCAGCAAAUCUUUUUUUUUUUUUAUCUCCAUCAUUGUUUUGUACCGUACAAAACAAAUCUGGUUUGUAUAAACUUGUUCAUUACUAAGUAUAUAUUUUUAUGUA